UUCCUAACGAACACGGUGCAUUUGCAUGGAUACACACGCACAGUGUACACAUGCCGAUGAGCCCAGUCCCCGCUCGCCCUCACACGUGCACUUCGCAGGUAUGUUGCGCUGCCUGCGUGCACGCUCCACCCUCAGCCGUGGAGGACAGGCUGACUGACCCGGGAGGAGGGGAGAGCGGGGCGGGGAGAGGGAGAUAAGCGCAGGCGGACCCUCACACUCACUCCCGCUCGCGCUCCUGGAGGAGCGGCAGCCCGACGGUGCCGGAUCACGCCUGGAAUAAUAAAUGGAUUAGCGCGACGCACGUUUGCCAGCGCAAGGACGAAGCAGUCAGCGGGGAGCGGAGGGGAACUUCUGCGCUGACACUGAUGCAGACGCGCUGAUGGUGUGUGAGCCCGCCUGAUUCAUUCAGGGACCAGCUGGGCCACUUGGACUGAGCCAACGGGGGGGGGGGGAGCUGGGGGUCGGCUCCUCUAAAGUGCAUCAGAGGAAUGGAGCGCCUCCGCGUGCAGACGGGCUGGGACGGCCCGGGCCUCUCCUCGCCGCUCGCCUCGGGCGGCACCAACGCCACGCCCUCGUCCCUGCUGGCGUCCGGGCUGCGGUCGCUCAACGCCUCCGUCCUGGGCCUCUUCCCCGAGAACGCCUCCGCCUUCGGCCCCACGCCGCGCAGCCUGCCCAAGGCCGCCGUGCGGGACCCGGGCCUGGCCCGCGCCGAGAUCGCGGUGCUGGCGAUGGUGCUGGCCCUCACCACGCUGGGCAACGGCUUCGUGCUGUGGGUGCUGCUGCGGCGGAGGAAGCACAACGCGCCCAUGCACGUGUUCAUGGUCAACCUGGCCGUGGCCGACCUGGUGGUGGGGCUCUUUCAGGUGUUUCCCCAGCUCAUAUGGGACAUCACGGAGCGGUUCCAGGGGCCUGAUUUCCUCUGUCGCACCAUCAAGUACCUGCAGAUCGUCGGCAUGUUCGCGUCCUCCUAUAUGAUCGUUGCCAUGACAGUGGACCGGCACCACGCCAUCUGCUGCCCUUUGAAGGCCUAUCGAGGAGGGGCCGUGUCCCGCUGGAACCCCCCUGUGAUGGUGGCCUGGGCCCUGGCGCUGGUGCUGAGCUUACCGCAGGUCUUCAUCUUCUCCCGCUCAGAAGUGGCUCCCGGGGUGUACGAGUGCUGGGGGCACUUCGCUGAGGCGUGGGGGCUGAAGGCCUACGUCACCUGGAUGACGGUGGCCGUGCUCUUCCUGCCUGCGCUCAUCAUCACCGUCUGUCAGAUCAGGAUCUUCCGAGAGAUCCACAACAACAUCUACCUGAAGUCGGAGCGGCUGGUGAAGGCGGAGAUGAAGAGGAACGAAAUCCUGUUCUGCUUCCCCGGCUUCAGGGAGGCGGACGAGCGCUCCAAGGAGGGCGGCAGGCGGGUGUCGGGGGGAGGGGGAGGGGGGCGAGACGGGAGGGGAGACCAGCUCCUCAGGGCUGCGAACAGCAGCCCCCACAGCUACGCGCACGGCAGAGAGUGUUACGACUACGCCUCCCCCUCCGUCCAGUACAACAGCUCCCGCGGCGAGCUGGUGGCGCCGGCGCCGGGCGGCUCGGACCGGCAGGGCGCCUCCUCCGACCCGGCCUCAGGAUCCCGGCGCUGCUCCCUGGAGGGUGCCCCCCCGCAGCCUCCGGCCGCUCCGCCUCCGAGCAUCACCAGAGCCAUGUCCAAGACGGUGAGGAUGACGCUGGUCAUCGUGCUGGUCUACACCGUCUGCUGGGCGCCGUUCUUCAUUGUCCAGCUGUGGGCGGCCUGGGCCCCCGACCCGCCGAAACAAGGCGUGGCCUUCACCAUCCUCAUGCUUCUCGCCAGCCUCAACUCCUGCACCAACCCCUGGAUCUACACAGCGUUCUCCUCCAGCAUUUCCAGGGAGCUGCUGAGCCUGGCGCGCUGCCGCUCGGGGCCCGGCCGCCGAGGCUCGCUGCCCGACGACUCCACCGCCACGCACACGUCCACCACCAAGGACAGCCUGUACUGACGGGGGCGCGCGGCGGAGGCGGCUCAUCCCGUAGCGGGACGGGGCGUCAUUGACGAUGUCAACACCGUUUUAUCAUUGUAUUAUGGUACUGUGAAAUAUAGUGUACAGUGACGGCAUCCGUGAUGCAACGUGACCUUGGCGGCGAGGAGAUUUCCACCUCCACCAGUGUUUGUUCAGAAGGAUCUUGUUCAUCGCUUCAAAGGGGAAGAACUCACCGCGUGGAAGAAAACAGCAGCGGGAAUGCGGAGGGUGGAUCCCUGCGUUAAUGGCUUCCUGGCACAGCUGAGGAAAACAGAGAGAGAGGCACACGGACAUUAGGAAGAAGUUAGACAGCUGCUGCAAGGGCGGAGGUAAAAUUUCCUGUUAUAUCUGCAGUAAGACAGUGGUUUGGAGACGGAUGCUCGGGGCUGAAUUCAUACUUGCUGAGGACAAACCAGGUCCAGUGGAAAAAGAGCGAUUUAAUAACAACAACAGCCCAAUAGAAUCAAGACACUGCCCCCAAGAGGAACGGUGACACCGAGGGUUAACACAAAACACAUUCACUCACAGGCCAACGGUGGCAGGGAAGCAGAGGAUCAGCCCAGCUUAUCACAACCAUCCACGGCACAAGAAAUUGAUUGUGCUUUGCAUAAACACGGCUCAUAAGGUACGCGCAGAUACUUUCCAGUCACGGACUCCUGAAGGUAUGAAACGAGAGAAGCACGGAGCAACAGCGGGAGGAAGGGAGAGUUCGGCCCAUGCACAGUGUGAACAGGGUGAAGGGUAUUUAUGGAUAACGUAUAGCACAUUACAUUUAGUGACAUGUGUGAGAGAUGUGUUGAAUGUGAGUCAUAUAAGCUGUAACAUUAUGAUGCGUCAUGGAAAACGAGAUGUUAAACCAAAGAUGUUGUAAAAGGCUACUGUCGAGAGCAAUGUAAGCUGUAGAGGAGAUUAAUCUAGAACUCAUAAGCUUUUAAUAGUGUAUAAUCACCUGACAACAAGGAAAUAGCUGUUCCUUCAUUCAGUAGCCUUAUCUCUACACAUUAUAGAUGAUGAGGGUUCACAUGGUCCCAGUCUACAUCAGAAGAUGUUUGCUGAAUACAUCAGCAAACUGUAGCUUCAAAGGUCAGCUAACAUGAUUUUCUAGCUUAUUUGCCAUGUUACGUACAUCAGAGCAGCUUGGAGCGUCUCGGUACUAAGACCUCAAGAUUCAUUAGCGUCCGGCCGAAAAAGUCAUGCAGAUGACGGCGUUAGUAGUUUUUCAGGUCAGCCGACAUCAGCCGAGGCCUGGGCUCCAUCACGCUGCUCCUCCAGAGCUGGGAGGCACCCUGAGAAGGGGACGGCGCAGGGAGGUUUGACACCCCUAAUGAGCCUUUCAUACGCAGUGUGCAGUAACUCCAGCUGUGCUGUAAUGUGAAUCAGCAGUGAAAGUACUUCAGUACUUCUAGUUCGAACCAAGUGCCUGUAAUUUCACACAGACACUUUCCAGGGGCUGCCGCCACUGGAUUAAUGUGCUCAUGAUGUCAGCUAUGUGAUCCUUGGACACAGCUUCCCCCAGAGCAGGGGUCAUUGCAUAGGGUGGACCACCAUUUUUAUUUAUUGUUGCUGUUUUAUGUUCAUGUGCAGUUCAUGUAUCACAUUUCUACUCAUUAGAAACAAUGUAUUAUGUCACUCCGCUGCAUGAAAGAACAUGUAAUGUAAUUAUCUUUUUAAAUAAAAAUCAAUUAUGUGAGCUACA